CAAUGAAGCAACAAGGUAUUCGGUAUUCCUGUUUGUGUUUGUGUUUGUUUCCUCUUUCUUUCUUUUAUCGCGUCAUCGAGUCUGUUCUGCUAAUUUUUGAUUGCUGAUGGUCUUAAAUUAAGAUUUAUAAUAAUGUGGGUGGUUGUCCACUUCGUUGAGGAGAGUAAUGUUGAAGUGGUACCAUGUUCAUGGUUUGAUGGGGAUUCCUGUUGGUGGCCACAACACAUCACCAGUGAUAAAAUAAAAAAACUGGUUGAAAAAGAAAUUGCGCCAGGCUCUAACUCAUGUACGUGGGCAAAAUAUAAGGCCAGAACUAUGGGCAAAGAAUAUUAUGAUUCACUAUUCGCAAUAGUUGCAAUCAAGCGCAGUACACUAGCGAUAUUGGCAGUGAUUCCAACAGUGGGAAGAGGAAAAGAACGCUGAAGCGGCCUCGUAUAUACUCAUCUUCAGAUGAAGACGACCCUGCUGCUGUGACGCCUGCUUCAGUAGUUUGCAGUAGCCCCGGCUUAUUAAUACCCUCAUUCCGGAAUCUUCAAACGAGCCAAACCAGCUGUUUCAUUCCUCAACACCAAAAUGUUCAGAAUCUACAGAAAGAGGUGACAAUAGCUUCAAAAAAUAUCUUGUGCGGCAAAUAAACUUGAUAAAAAUGAGACUCAACAAAAUUGAUGAGACUCAAGAGACGAUUGUUUCUCUGCUGCAAGAAAGGGAAGGAGCAGUUGGUCCAUUACCGGUUGCUCCAACACCUCAGCAGCCGGACAUAAUCAUGAAUAUCAAGAACCAGUUGCCCAUUACAACUGACGAAAAAAUGGAUAUUGUGGAGGAUGAGCUGUCAACCAAGGAAAAGAUGGAAGAAAUGGCAAGAUAUCUUUCAAGCAGUGGUGGAAACACAAUUCCUGAAAUUGUCAGACGAAUUCUGAAAUCCACUAUGAGUGACCAUUUUGCUGCAAAUUAUAGCUGGAUCGGAUUUAAAAAGAAGAAGGUCUUCUCCUCUCUUCAUCUGAAGGAAGCCAUUUUUAGUGGAGUAAGACGUAAUUCAAGAACAUCGUCUGCGUCGGAUGCAGAAAUUGAAGAUGUCAUAAAAACGUGGGUGAAAUACGCAAAAGCAAGAUUCCAGGCCAGAGAAAAAAAAGGAAAUUCAAACUGAUUUUGUUCCAAACUAAAUGAAUAAUAAAUGAAUAACUUAUUCCUGAGUA